AUGUCAGUCGAAGUCGAUGGAUUUAACGCCUCCGCCUUGUUCAAGGAAUUGAGCGAAGGCUUGGCUGAUAAGGAUGCUGCUGCUAAGGCCAUCAAGGGCGUCAAUGCCGUGAUUGUCAUCACCUUGAAGAACAAGGAGGGUAAGGAAGCUUCAUGGUUAUUGGACUUGAAAAAAGAAGGCACUUUGAAGGCUGUUGAAGGUCCUCCUCCAAAGGGUGACGUGCAAUUGUUGUUGAAGGAUGCUGAUUUCGUCAAGUUGGCCAACGGUAAGGCCAACGGGCAAAAGUUGUUCAUGAACGGUAAGUUGAAGGUCAAGGGUAACAUGAUGAAGGCCACCGCCAUCGAGUCCGUCUUUAAGCAAUUGGACCCAAGACCCAAGUUGUAA